AUGAAAAAGAGAAAGUGCCACUUUCGACAACAAAGUGAAGGAAGAGACAAAAGGAAAAAAAAAUUGAGGAACAGAAACAAGUUGGUACUAAACCGCAGAGGUGAUACCCACUGUGAAGGGAAGAAUGGCAGGGGGACCCAUCAAACUAAGGGACAUGUUAAAAAUAAUCACAAUUUCGCAUGCGACGAGAAAAGUAACACUUGCAGGAAGGAGUCACAACAAGGAAGCGAAAUGCUAGUCAACCCAAACAGGUACAACGAAACAGAUGCAGCAGAUAUGUGUGAAGACUCAUUACACAACAGUAGCGACUCCUCUGAAACUCCCAAAAUUUUCGAAUCCAACGAAUCGGAGAUAUAUCAAAGCACAAGCGAGUUCGACGUGCAAAGCACUACAUCGAAUAACACCAUUAGCGAUCUAAGUGCACACACAGACGAAGGUUACAACCAGGAUGACAGAUUAAUUCAAAUAUUUGAGCGCAUCGAUUAUGCAGGGAGUGCCUGUUCAGGGGAAAAUAACGACUUAUGCAGAAAUUGGGACGUCUUGGAAACGCUCGAUGUUUAUGACGUGUUUGAAAAUGAGGGGGACACAGAUAGGGCGCACGCAGGGGGUGCACCUAAUUGGGCCUCUAGUCGGGCUUCUAACCGGGACAUUAACCAGAAUGCUAAUCAGCAUGUUGACCAAGUUGAUGGUCACGUCCCUAACCACGACACAAAGUGUGACGGUCCCACCGAGAGCCCGCCGCCCCCCACCAAAGCAACACACGAGAAGCGUAUCUUCAUAGAAGCCAUAUGGGAUUACUUCCAAUCAAACAAAGUGAAGGACGAAACGGACGGAGAUAACUUAAAAGUUCAGUGCUUCCACACCUUCUGUAAAAUCCGAGAAUGUGCAACGCGUUGUAGUGAUGGUCCCACCGAUGGGAACUUCCUGAAUGAUGAAUUACUCAGCACAUACUUCUUUAACAAACUAAAUAAAAACCAAUAUGAUAUAAAAAUAAAAAUGGAUUACUACGAAGUGGAAUUUUUUUUCAUUUUCUUCUUAACAUACUUUCGCUUUUCUCUAUACCUAACGGGAUUUAUAAAUUCAUCUUUUCUGUACCACUCUAACGAAGUGCACUUCAUCAUCUUUGUCCUGAAUAGAUAUCAUUACUUCGUGGACCAUAUGUACGUUAAUGAUAAUUGUUUGCCUUUUACUCCGAAUGAGGUGGAAGACAUUAUGUGCACCUACAAGAAGUGCAUUAUCUCUCUUUUAGAUUAUCUCGACACUUUUUACCCGUUUCUGCUGCUCAUAAGUGACGUUAUGCAAGAGGUGCACACGAAAUUUAAAAAAAUUUCAUACAAAGUGAAGGAACUUGAGGAGGUUCUGGCGAAAGCGGACUCCACUGACAGAACACCCCAGAGCGAUAACAUCGACCCUCAUAUUAUGACACCACACACUAUCAAAAAGUUCAAUGCCGUUAAAAAAAUUAACAAAAUAAAGAGGAAGUUCUUCAAACGGAAUGGUGAUUCGUUUGUUAUGAUGAUUAGAGCGCGCCUGGGCAGUUAUUGGGUGGAUAGGGGGGAACGUUACAUAGGUGCUUCCAUCUUAGGUGAGCCGUUUUCAGACGAUGCCAAUUUGAGUGACCACUCCCUGCAUGGUGACAAUCUCGACGAGCAGCUUGUCCAAAUGAUCCGCAACACCAGGUGCAACAUGCUGGUAAAGCACACCAUCUUCCGCACGGUCGCGAAGUUGAACCAAAUUCUGAACUCCCUCGAAAUGGCCAUUACUUUGACAGACGCGAACGAAACAUGCGCACAGCACAUCAUGUCGAUGUCGACGCUACUCACAUUCAAAGCCCUAAAAGAAAUGAAAAAAAAAGACAAAUGGCUUCAACUCCUAAAGCAUAAUUAUUUCUAUAUCGAAAAAAGUUACUACUACUUCAAAGAAUUGCAUGAAAAAAAAAUCAUCUACUACCAAAUACAAAAUCUGUUCCGAUCCAUCCUAAAUUUCAAAAUUAAUGUCGUAUACAAUCCCUUCAUACAUUAUUUAUCCAUUGAAGAUAUGAAAAAUAAAAAUAUACACACUAUCUAUGACUACAUAUACUACAUAAAGGAUAUGCGCCAGAAAAAUUACCUAGUAACUCUCUUCGUGUUCAAUCAAUUUACAAACUACAAUUUGAUGUUACCACGUAUGGGUUCCUCUUCUCAAUUUAUAGCUCCUUGAAUGAAAAAUAAAUUUAUGUACCUAUUCAACGAUAUGAUAAAUUCUUGGGAUUUUAAAACGUAUGAACAUAUCCCCAUUCCUUCCAAAAAUAUUAUAAAAGACACUUUUUUUAUUCAAGAGAAUUCAAUUGUGACGAGUAGACUGCUAAAUUAUCAGAUCCGCAGAGUGAUCCUAAACAGUAAUGCUAUUCACAUGGUUGAACAAAAUUAUGUGAUCCGUCAAAUUGAGGACAACUUGGAGGAAAUGAAAAAUAAACUGUAA